AUGGCUUCCUCUUCUUCUCUUCCUCCUUUUGCUCACACUAAGAGAUUCCAUGUCUUUCCGAGCUUCCACGGCCCAGAUGUCCGUAAAGGGUUUCUCAGUCAUGUACACAAUUGCUUUGGAAUCAAAGGGAUCACGACGUUCAAAGAUCAGGAGAUCCAGAGAGGCCAUUCGAUCGGACCUGAGCUCGUGAAUGCCAUUAGAGAUUCCAGAGUCUCGAUUGUUUUGCUCUCGAAGAACUACGCUUCUUCAAGCUGGUGUUUAGAUGAAUUGGUUGAAAUCUUGAAGUGCAAAGAAGAUUCGGGGCAGAUGGUGAUGACUGUCUUUUACAAUGUUGAUCCGUCCAGUGUGCGAAAACAGAAGGGAGAUUUUGGAAAAGCAUUCAAGAGAACUUGCCAAGGGAAAACAGAGGAAGUGAAGGAGAGAUGGAGCAAAGCUUUGACUCAUGUCGCAAACAUUGAAGGAGAAGAUUCUCGGAACUGGACUAAUGAAGCAGAUAUGAUCCAAAAGAUUGCUACAGAUGUUUCCAACAAACUGAAUCUCUCACUCUCAACAGAUUUUGACGACAUGGUGGGAAUGCAAGUUCAUUUGAGAAGAGUGUACUCUUUGUUAUGUCUAGAGUGCGAUGAUGUGAAGAUGAUUGGAAUAUGGGGUCCUGCGGGAAUCGGUAAGACCACCAUUGCUAGAGCUUUAUUCACCCAACUCUCUAGCCAUUUUCCACUUAGUUGUUUCAUGGGGAAUCUCAAAGGAAGUUAUAAGAGCAUAGGAGUUGAUGAUUAUCAAUCACUGUUGGAUUUCCAAAACCAACUUCUGUCUAGGAUUUUGAACCAAAAAGAUAUGAAGGUACAUCAUUUAGGUGCGGUAAAAGAACGGCUACAUGAUCAAAGAGUGUUAAUCAUUCUUGAUGAUGUAGAUGAUAUAGAGAAACUAGAUAUAUUGGCUAAAGACACGUCUUGGUUCGGUAAUGGAAGUCGGAUCAUCGUUACAUCAGAAGAUCAACAGAUUUUUAAGGCGCAUGGGAUAAAAGAUAUCUACCAUGUGGAUUUCCCAUCCAGAAACGAAGCUCUAGAGAUGUUAUGUCAAUCUGCUUUCAAACAAAGGUCUGUGCCAGAUGGUUUUGAAGAGGUUGCACGUAAAGUAGCAGAGCUUUGCGGUAAUCUUCCGUUAGCUCUUUCUGUUGUGGGUGCAUCUCUGCGUGGGAAGAGCAAGGACGAGUGGGAACUUCAGAUAUCAUCGAUCGACUCUAGUCUUGAUGGUAAAAUUGGGAACAUACUAAGAGUGGGGUAUGACCGAUUGUCCAAGAAGGAUAAAGCUCUGUUUCUCCACAUGGCAUGCCUUGGCUACAAUGGUUUUCAUGAUGUGACAAGAUUUCUCGCUGACAGUCAUUUGGAUGUCGAAAACGGGCUGCAGACCCUACUCGACAGAUCUCUUGUGCAAACCACUACUUUUGGUAAUGGUAUAUGGAUGCACUCUUUACUAGAACAAAUGGGUAGAGAAAUAGUGCGGGAACAGUCUAACGAGCCUGGGAAACGUCAGUUUUUAGUAGAGGCCCAAGAGAUUCUUGAUGUACUAGCAGAUAAAACAGGUACUGGAUCUGUCAUAGGUAUAUCAGCUAAUAUGUCUGACGUGGGCGAAUUCUCUAUAAGUGGGCGAGCCUUUGAAGGAAUGCCUAAUCUUCGUUUCUUAAAACUCUAUGGGAGCGAGUUGCAACCGCGGAUAUCAGAAGAAUUGGAAUAUCUACCUCGUCGUCUAAGGUUACUAGUGUGGCAUAAUUACCCGAGAAAACGUCUUCCUCCAACAUUUCAACCUGAAUGUCUCGUUGAGCUCCAUAUGGGGUCCAGCAAUCUCGAAAAGCUCUGGGAUGGAAUCAAGCCCCUUCCAAAUCUCGAACUUUUAGAUUUGAGCGAUUCCGCGAAGUUGAAAGAAAUGCCUGAUCUUUCGGAGGCUACUAAUCUCCGGUGUUUGACACUUGACGGAUGCAUAAGUCUAAAGGAGCUUCCCUCUUAUAUUGGGAAUCUACACAAACUGAUAACGUUGGAUAUGAGUGGGUGCGAAAAGCUAAGAGUUAUUCCCACCAACAUCAACUUAGCAUCUCUUGAAAACGUCGACAUGAGCUAUUGCUCGCAGUUGACAACUUUUCCAGAUUUUUCUAGAAACAUCAAGAUCAUCAAGGCAAGUAAGACGAAGAUAGAAGAUGUUCCUGCAUCCGUUGCUGGAGGUUGGUCUCGUCUUGACACGCUUGAGAUAGGCAGCACAAGCCUCACGAAAUUAACCAAGCUAGACCUAAGCAGCUGUGAUAUAAAGAAUAUUCCAGAUUGCGUCAUCGGCCUCCCUGGUCUAGAGAUUCUUAACGUUCAAGACUGCAGCAAGCUGGUGUCACUGCAGAGUCUUCCGCCUUCACUUUUGUAUCUCUAUGCAAAUAAUUGUGGAUUGCUCAAAAGCGUAAGUGUUUCGUACGACUGCACCUGUGUUAAAGACGCGAAAAGAGUAUCAUCAUCCAUCACUUUCUACCAUCCUAAAAGGCGAGUCUUUUUGAACAACUGUUGGUCACUUUCUGAAGAAGCAAGAAGAGUAAUCAUACAACGAUGGGCUUACAUGUCGGUAUGCUUACCAGGCAAACAAGUCCCUGCCUAUUUCACUCACAAAACCAAAGGAAACUCCAUAUCCAUCUCUCCGGGGACUUUCUCUGCGUCCUCAAGAUUUAAGGCUUGCGUCCUGCUUACUCCAAGCGGUCAGUUUUCUUUCAACACUCAAGUUGUUUGUCAUCUAAAAAGCAAAGGGGUUCUCAUCAAUGAACUGGAAUACACAUCAUGCUGGCAUGAAGUAGAUACGUCUGACAGCAAGAUUCUAACUGAACACCUGUUCGUAUUUUCUGGGAGCCUGUUUGGAGCACACAGUUGCGUUGAAGUAGAUGCGACUACCAGCGAGAUUCUAUUUGAAUUCAGCUGCAACGUAAACGAUGAAAAGAUUAUUGAGUGCGGUGUACAGAUCUUGACGGAGGAAGGUGAGAGUAGUACCAGCAAAUGGAAAGUGCAGAGUGAAGAAGCCGCCGAGGUCUCCAAAGAUGAAAGUGUCGUCAAAAGAAGUAAGCAUACAGGUUUUGCGAUAUCAGUAAGGAAACCCCCACCACUCUCAAACUCCAACCCCUUUGAGCGGUCAAUCAGUAUCCAACGUCAAGAACUUGCUCCACGAAACCACCUCGGGAUCGAUCUUAGUUGUAACCCAUAUCUCAAGCGUAUCACUGCUCUGAACAACACCACGAGCUGCUCUUCUCUAACGCUAGAUAGAGACACAGCAUCAGGACACCAUGAAUGUUAA